AGUGGUAUGCCACUCAGCCAUAUAUAAAUAUACAUGCUAGGGUUAGGGCUAGGCACCAACUCCCUCAAAGCUACCUUUUUCUUCAUUCUUUGCUCCAUGCUAGCUUCUGGGUCUUGAUCAGUGGACUGACUAAAAAAGCAAAAGGAAAAAACCCUCCUGUUUCUAUAGGUUUGAAAGAACUCCGCGCACCGGGAGAAGAAUUAGGGUUUUCAAAGCAUGAAGAAGCGCCAAAUAGUUGUGAGAAGAGAUCGAUCAGAAAGAAGUUCCGAUACUUCGUCUUCAACAUACAGGAGCGUGCGCUACAGAGAGUGCCAAAAAAAUCAUGCAGCCAAUAUGGGCGGACAUGCUGUGGAUGGCUGCAGGGAGUUCAUGGCAAGUGGAGUUGAGGGUACGAGUGCUGCUUUUACAUGUGCUGCUUGUGGCUGCCACCGGAAUUUCCACAGAAAGGAAGUGGACUCUGAGGUAGUUUGUGACUCUUCCUAGCCUAAUUCCAAUCAUUGAUAGCACAUAUAAGAAACAUAUAUACGGAAAGCGGGAUUAUGUCUUUGAAAAUUUGUGUAAUGUUGUCUGUGAUUGUUGUAUUGAUCUUGUAUCUCUGAUCAUCAUCCACAAGCAUAGCUCCUGUAAUUUUUAGUUCAUAUAUUGGGAAUAUAAACAUCUGAGUACUAAGUUCUGCAAGAGAGAUCAAGGAUCAAUCUAUAUUUUCAUUUCCCCUUU